AUGGUUGCAAAUGAGAGUGUAAUGGACCAUCUAGUUAACUCUUCCACCAAAGCACACUACAUUUCUGGAGGGAAUAUUAGUGUUCUAAUUGUUUUUCGAGGACCGAAUGGUACUGCUCUAGGUGUUGGUGCUCAACACUCUCAGUGUCAUGCACAAUGGUAUGGGUCUGUCCCUGGCUUAAAAGUUGUGGCACUCUAUUCCUCUGACGAUGCGAAAGGGCUCUUAAAAGCAACAAUCAAAGAUCCCAAUCCAGUUGUUUUUCUUGAGAAUAAGUAUGGCCAAUAUUUUCCUGUAUCGGAUGAGGUUCUUGAUCCUAGCUUUACCCUUCCCAUAGGUAAUGCAAAGUACAGUAAUCUGAAUAAUGUACCAGUUUAUAACCAGUACCGGAGUAGUGCUGCUACUACUAGCUCGAUUGUUAUUGGUGGUGGUAGUGAAGGCGAGAAGAUGAUGGGAACUGCUGCUAUUUCAGUGGUUACAAUAGCCUCAUCAGGUGGCGGGAAGGAUGAACAGAUGUGUGUUGAAGCUAUUAAGGAUAUAGAAGUUGAGCACGAGCAUCUUACAUCAGUGGUAGUGGUUAGUUCUUCUGUGAAUGUUCGAUCGAAGCAACCGAAGGUGUCUACUUCUGGAAGAAUGAAGGAAAACACUUGGGGUUGUGUGAAGUUUGACACUGUAUCAAAUAAAAUGAAAUAG